UGAUAUUGUCUGAAGAUGAGUAGUGGGGGGGGAAACACCCCGGAGCCCUCCUCAGGGGGCGAGACUCUGAAGAGGAAGGACUGUCCGUCAGACCUGGUGGGGCCNAGCCCUAAAAGGAGCACAGAGAAGAGGAACCGGGAGCAGGAGAACAAGUACAUCGAGGAGCUGGCCGAGCUGAUCUUCGCCAACAUCAAUGACAUGGACGACUUCAACGUGAAGCCGGACAAAUGUGCCAUCCUCAAAGAGACGGUGAAGCAGAUCCGGCAGAUCAAGGAGCAAGGUGAGGAAAAACACUCCUUCACACUCCACACUGUGUCCUCCUUGAACAGCCGCAGCAGUGACUCUUCGAACAGGAACAGCCACACGUUUAACUGCCGCAUGUUGGUCAACCCUCACGCUGACGCUGAAGCCGACCAGCAGGAGGCGCCGCAGCAGAAAUACGAAACCAUGCAGUGUUUCGCCGUCUCCGAACCCAAGUCUAUCAAAGAAGAGGGGGAAGAUUUCCAGUCUUGUCUGAUCUGUGUGGCGAGAAGAGUCCCCGUCAAAGAGAGACCUGUGAUGCCCACGUACGAGAGCUUCACCACGAGACAAGACCUCCAAGGUAAGAUCACGUCUCUGGACACCAGUCUGCUGCGGGCCUCCAUGAAGCCGGGCUGGGAGGAUUUGGUGCGACGAUGCAUUCAGAGAUUUCACCUGCAGAACGACGGGGAGAUGUCCUUCGCUAAGAAACACCAGCAGGAGGUGUUGAGGAUCGGCCACGCUCUCAGCCCUCUGUACAGAUUCUCUCUCGCUGACGGCACCAUCGUCUCGGCUCACACUAAGAGCAAACUGGUCCGAUCGCAGGCCACCAACGAGCCUCAGCUCUACAUGUCGCUGCACAUCCUGCAGAGAGAGAACAUGACUGUGGAGAUACCAGGAGGGCAGGGCAUAUCCAAACCAAUGACCCCCACCAGUGUGUGCGGCCCCUCCCCUUCCCCUGAUGCCAGCGUCACCAGCAACACCCCAGUUCGUGGUUUGGGCGUCGUUUCGGGGCGGGGUAGCAGCCCUAAAACAGUGAAACUGGGCAGCCCUUCACCCCAGGGAAGCCCCAACGUCUCCUCCGCCAUUUUGUCCCCUCGUCAUCUCCCAAACCCCUCUGGGUCUUUCUCUCCUGCAGCUGGACUCCAUUCUCCAGCGUCUGUUUGCAGCAGCACGGGAAAAAGCCAAGGGUUCAAUUCCCUCAGUGCACUGCAGGCAGUCAGUCAGGGGCACAGGGUUUCCCAAGGACUCACCGAGGGGCAGUGUACAGACAGGUCACCUGACAGGAAGUCGAUUGGAGUCCAGAGCCCUCAAAACACUCAAAACACUCAAAACAGCAAGAAUAAUCAAAGCUUGGAGGCGGAUUUAUUGGGAACUUUUGGGGAGCAGCAGCAGCAGGAGUUGUUGUUGUCCCCGAGUCAAGAGGAGGAGAAGGAUACUGACCCCGAUAGCUCCGAAAAUAACGGGGGUUUAGGGGAGGGAAAUCGCCCGAUGAACACAAAAGGCCACACUAAGCUUCUUCAACUCCUCACCACCAAAUCAGAGCCCUCAGAUCCUUGCUCUUCUCCCCCUUCAGGCGACGACCAAAAGGACCAAAUGGGAGGUUUGGGUGGAUCCGGGAAUAACAACCACUCCACCUCGCUGAAAGAGAAACACAAAAUCCUCCAUAGACUCCUCCAGAACAGCACUUCGCCCGUGGAGUUGGCCAAAUUGACGGCGGAGGCCACGGGAAAAGACCCCCUGGGUGGGGAGGCAACUUCUGGGGACAAUAUGGCCGCCCUGGGGGACAUCAAACAGGAACCUGGGAGCCCCAAAAAGAAGGACAAUGCGUUGCUGCGCUACCUGUUGGACAGGGACGAUAACGGCAUCCUGGAUAAAACCAUCAAGAUGGAACCAGGCGAGGAACCGCAGCUGGCCAACGUGAAGAUAGAGAAACAGGAAGUGGGAUUCAACAUGGCCGACCAGGGAACCCUGAACGCCCAGAUGUUGGCCCAGCGUCAGCGCGAGUACCUCAGCAACCACCUCCGGCAGCGGCAGCAGCAGCAGGUGGUCCAGCAGCAGAGAGCCAUGAUGAUGAGGACUCAGGGUGUGCCCAGUGGGGGGUCCGCUCCCACGCCGAUGCCCAUGGGGGGCACCAACCCUCGGCUCCCCCAGGGAAACCCUCAGCAGUUCCCCUACCCGGCGUCCAGCUACGGUACCAACCUGCCCUCUCCUCCUCUUCCUCCUCCACCUCCUCAUCCGGGCUCUUCCAGCCCCUUCUCCUCCUCCCCUCUCUCCCCCAGCCAUCACUUGGCUAGCCAGGGCAUGAUGGGAAAUGUAGGCGGACAGUACAGCGGGGUUAUGAGUCCUCCGUCUCAGCACAGUGCCUACCAGUUCAGCAGCUCAGGAAUGAGUCAGCAGCAGCGUCAGGAUCCAGUGUCAGGGUUCCCAUGUGGAGCUACGACCCCUCAGAGCCCCCUGCUGUCCCCCAGGAUGCAGCAGGGGCAAAGUCCCAUGAUGCAACAGCAAAACCAGGGCCAGCCACAGAACCAGGGUCCGACCCAGAGACUCCCCGGGUACCAGCCCAGCAGCGCGUGGACCCAGUCGGCCAACGUCUCCACCAGCAACAGUGUGUACCCGCAGCAGUCCCAGUCGCAGUACUCCACACAACCCACUGCAGGAAUGUAUAAUAACCCCAACACCAUGAACCUGGGAGUGAUGGCAGGCAGCAGCGGGGGAAACAUGAACCAGAUGUCAGGACAGAUGAGCUCCAUGAACACAGAGCAGGUGGAGGACGGCAGUCUGAUCCUGGAGCAGCUGGCCGGGAUUGAGAUGUUGACGCAAGAGAGUGAAGCCAGUUCUAAUUUCUGCUGACCCCGGCUGUGUUUAAGACAAGGUAACACAGGAGCAAAUGCAAAAACGUAACUCUGCUCAUGAAGAAUUAACGAGAAGUUGAGGAAACAUGAUGUAAACAAGAUGCUCCCUCUGUCACACCAGCCAAAUCUGAGGCAAAACAGGAACAUGACAAUACUGUAUAUGAGAGCGUACACAUGUGUGAGAAACUGGAACAACAGUUUGAGAAGAGAUUGGUUGACGAGCAUAAGUGAAACCUCUGGAUUUGAUCUUUCUAUGGUUCUAUUUGAGAGCCUGACUGAAAAAACAUUGAAUAACAAGGUUUAUGAAGAAAUAUUUUACAGGUAUUUAUAGUUUUGAAGAAGUUUUAGAGAUUAUUUGUAUUUCAUUAAAAAAAAAUCAAGGAUAUGUUUCUUUAAGAAAAUCUCAGAAUGGUACAUUAUAAUGUCGAUUUUAAAUUUUAAUAUAUUUCAACUGCUGUAGUUACUGGGGAGCUGUAUCCCUAUUUAAUGACUUUUUGAAUGAAGGUGAAUGUUUAUAGAUAGUGUACAUACUUAGAUUUUAAAUACCCCUUUUCCUGUAUGUGGCAUUGCUUAACAGCAGUUUGGAGUUUUAGUCCAAUGAACAUCUGUCGGGAGCAGAAAUAUUUAUUUGGUUGAAUGAGACCUCAGUGGGUAGAGCUCAAGAAACACAAAUGGGAAAAUAGAAGGUCAAUAAUCUGGCAUAAGCUAAUCAGUAACCUUGCCUGGGUAUUAUGCUAGUCUAUCAUAGCUAGAAAUAAGCUAUCUAAUGCUAUUUUAAUUGACCUAAUUUGAAUAUGAAAGUUAACUAAACUCACUAGCUACCCUUAAGCUAGUUUGAGUUUAGCUUACGAGAUAGCCCACUAGACCUUGUUUCAGGUAAGCUAAAUAGAUAGCCUUCUUAACAUGGCUUCAGAUAAGCUAACUAGAUAGCCUUCUUAACAACGGCUUCAGAUAAACUAACUAGAUAGCCUUCUUAACAUGGCUUCAGAUAAGCUAACUAGAUAGCAUUCUUAACAUGGCUUCAGAUAAGCUAACUAGAUAGCAUUCUUAACAUGGCUUCAGAUAAGCUAACUAGAUAGCCUUCUUAACAUGGCUUCAGAUAAGCUAACUAGAUAGCCUUCUUAACAUGGUUUCAGCUAAGCUAACUAGAUAGCCUUCUUACCAUGGUUUCAGCUAAGCUAACUAGAUAGCCUUUUUGACAUGGUUUCAGAUAAGCUAACUAGAUUGCCUACUUAACCUAGCCAACAUUCCUUUGCCAAUUGGUACAUACAUUAAAAUGUCCCUACAGUAAAUGAAAAUUACUAAUCAACUCCAUCAUCAGGUCAAAACAGUAAUUUGUCCAAAAACCUGCAUACAUGGCAUUUCCAUUACUGUUUAUCAGCAAUAGCUAGCAUGCUGACACACUUAACUCAAUGGUGAGAGUCUUAGCAUGCUAGCAAUUGCCUGAUAUUUACAUUUAUAGAAUAACACGAGACUUGGUAAACAAACAUUAGAUAUCUGUAGACACGUUAUAUUGACUUUCAGACAUACAUUGUUUGUGUGCUCUCUACCUACUGAGGAUUAACCAAAUAAAUAAUUUCUUUCUCUAAAGCAGCUUUGCCUAUAAAAUAAAUAUGUGUAGCCUACUAAUAAAACUCCACGCUACUGUGAUUGUUUUCAAAACGACCUGCAGGAGUUCACAGGCAUUUAUAUGAAGCUCUCUGUCUGCUGAAGGAUAAUUCAGACGUUUGUAGUUUGUUGUUUUGGGACUUUUUGUGGGUGAAGCUGUGAUCUUUACAUGACAAGACAGUUUCAAUUUAAAUCAAUCAAAUUAAAACAAUUCAGAGGGAUAUUAAAGGCAGAAUUAGUAAGAUUGUGUUAAAAAAAAAAAAAUAGCCUAUAAAUGUGUGAGGAUGAAAUACAGCUGUCGACAAAAUCCUACUUCAAGGAUGAUCUGACCUCAGCCAUAAACAGAUUAUUGGUCCUGAAUCCAAAUGUUAUAUUUAAUGAAGGUGACCCAUAAUCUUUAACGCCCAAAGUGUAUUACUCGGGACUAUUUGGAAACAGGUGCUCUCUAUAUGUAUAAGGUGCUGUCUUGUAUAAGCUUUUAAAUUAACAAAACGUGGAUGUCAACUUCACAUGGUCCAACAAUCUGUUAAGCACAUACUGUAACCAUAGUAUGGCUUGUCUUCUGGAAAGAAGAAGGUGAAAAUGAAACCGUGAAAUUGAUUUUAAACCUUUUUUUAUUUUACAAUGAUUUUUCCUUCAUGUCCAUCUUGCAUAUUGUACUCCAGUGUGCUAGCAUAUUGUAAAAAUCCCAAAUAUGUUAUCAAAAACCUCGAAGAGUAAAUGUAAGCCAUGGAAAUGUCCUGAAUGUGAAACUCUCUGCAAAGGCAAUCAAGAGCGAAACCCAUGUACAGUACUAAUAAUAUUUUACUGACUGAUACAGUAUACAUACAUAUAUAUAUAUAUUGAAGAUUUUUAGAUGAAUAUUUUAUCAAUUGCAAAAUACUGUAUUUCCUGUAAGUACCUUAAGAUGAAGCAUCAUGCCUUAGAUCUGUGAACUGUAACUUUAAGCUUGACAGGUGAGUUCAUUCUGUCACAAACUGCUGAGUGAGCGUUUCACCACUUCAUACUUUAAGUGUAAUAAUUAGACAGCCAGGGUUUUUAUAUUUCUCCCCAAAAAUCCUCACAAAACAACCUGUGUAUCAACUCAUGGAAAUACAAUAAUAAUGUGUUGGCAGUUGCUUUUUUUUUCUUGUAGUUAAACUGUAUAUGUGCACAAUGCAUCAGGUAGACUCUCCUUCACUAACACUGUUUCUUUUGUAUUUCUUUUAAAGGGCAUUUAUAUAAUAUUUGACUUUUGCUGAUUUAUGUUGGUCCCCAGUAUACUGUAGUAGUAUAUACUUGUGAUAGAAUUUGAGCUACGGUGGCCGUGUAAUUGACAAAGUUAUUUAACCGUAAUGUAGGGUACCGUUUCUGACAUAAAAUGCUUCAAAAUAUCUAUAUUUUACACAGAAAUCUAUGUAAAAUCAAUGCGGACAGCUGAGGAGAUUUCAUAUAGAAACCCGUUUUUGAAUUUUUCCAGUUUCUCCACAUCUUUUUUUGCAAACCUCUAAAGAGAAACGUUAAAACUGCUACAUUUUGCAGACGUUAUAAGAAGUUUUGACCCAAAUAAAGCCGGCCAAAACUUUAAUUAUAGCUUAAACUAAUUAAAUGCACCUGAAAAAAAAUCUAUUAUAUUAAAUUAAAGGUUUGUAAAAACAAACAGCUAAUUCUUAUUUGGGCGUUUAAGUUGAAUUUCAGUGAGAUAUUUUUAAACAUUUUGUAGUUUUCUAGCUAAAAGCCUAGAUGUCUUUAAGGUGACAGUAGAGUCUUUGAAAUACUCUUAUGGCAUUACAGUAGUUGUUUAAAUGGUGCUGUCUAAAAGCAAUUCUGACAGGACGUUUUUAUUUAAUUUAAUACAACUAGUCCAGUUAGGUAGAUGUAAAAUGAAGGACAUCUCAGAAACUGUUGAAAUAAUCAUGAAGACAUUAUUUUGUUUGUGAUACAAGUCAAACACACCCCUUUUAGAGUAUCUUUGAAUCACACCUGUGAGUUAUGCCACUGUAUAAAAGUUGUCUUUGUGAUCAGCUGAAAGUGUUUUAGGGUAACGUUUUAAAUCAGUGUGAUGAAGAUGUUCAGAUUUUCCAACACACACAGAUCAUUCAGAGUGUGUGUGUGUGUGUGAGGGGUUUAUUAUGCAAAAGUCCAGACGUUCACACCACUUUAUGCAAGCUGUCGACUCUAAUGUUGCUUUUGCCAAUGCUGCUGUUAAUUUAUGAUUCAUGCCACUGUAAAUAAAUUAUUUUUAUUGAGCGG